GCAUCGGCCCCGGGCGGUGGCCGUGCUCUCCUUCUCGGUGCUGCUGAGCGCCCGGGGCGCUGCCCAGCGCCGCCCGGCCCACAGCAGUUUAUCUUCAAGCUGUUGGUCCCGUCCUCACCCUGCAGACAUGUUGAACAGUUAUCAUUUGAAGUUCCAGCACAGCAAAGCUCUCACCUCCCCGUAUCCAGGAUCACACGUCGAGCGGAGCCAAGUUCCUGAAGAUAAAGUGGGCUGGCUGACUGAGUGGGAAGAUUACAGUCCUGUGGAGUACACUGCAAAGUCUGUUUUGGCCGGACCCAGCUGGGCAGAUCCCCAAAUCAACCAUGAAGGUUUUUCUCCCAAAUUCAAUGAGAGAGAUGGAGAAGUGGAGAGGAAGAGUCUGAAUGGCUCGUAUGUGGUCGAAAAUGGGAGACCCCGCAAUCCAGCGGGAAGGACUGGCCUCACUGGCAGAGGAUUAUUGGGGCGCUGGGGACCGAACCAUGCAGCUGAUCCUGUUGUAACCAGGUGGAAAAGGGACAGAAGUGGCAAUAAAGUUGCUCAUCCAGUUUCUGGCAAGAACAUCUUGCAGUUCGUAGCCAUCAAGAGGAGAGACUGUGGAGAAUGGGCCAUUCCAGGGGGAAUGGUGGACCCAGGGGAGAAGAUCACUGCUACCCUGAAGCGAGAAUUUCAGGAGGAGGCCUUGAACUCUCUGCAGAAAUCCCCUGAGGAGAAAGCAAAACUGGAGCAGCAGCUCCAGAAGCUGUUCAGCCAGGACCACUUCGUGGUGUACAGAGGAUAUGUGGAUGACCCUCGUAACACUGAUAAUGCUUGGAUGGAGACAGAGGCUGUGAACUAUCAUGAUGAAACAGGUGAGACGAUGGAUAACUUGCCUCUGGAAGCAGGUGAUGAUGCUGGAGUGGUGAAGUGGGUUGACAUCAGCGAGAAGCUCGAGCUGUACGCGAGUCACAGCUACUUCAUCAAGCUGGUGACUGAGAAACGGGGAGCCCACUGGAGUGAGGAUCCUGCCUCUGAGUGCCACGAGUGAUGGAAGCCUGGAACUGACAGACUCUGAGAGGAGAAUACAUUUUCCAGCCUUGAAACGGAUGUCCUUGUCAUCCUCAGUGAAAAUUCUGUGAAAUCCAACUGGGAAAAACACUGGACAGUGAUAAACAGAGGCCUUUUCAGAGAAUUCAGAUUGCUCCUUUUGAUUUCAUAGCUAGUGUGAAAUGACAAGAAAGUGGAGCUUUGCUUUCUUGGCUUCAUUAUUUGCAUCUGUUUCAUAAUGUCUGCAGAUCUGCAUGGCAGCACUGGCUUGUGCUCAGAAUGCCAGUUCACAGGCUCUGUAUUUUUGCACUGAUUCCUUUUCAGGAGUAUGAACCCCUAAGGAAGGAGAGACUAGUAGGAUAACCUGAAUAAUGACUUAAAUGAAGUGCUGCAUAAUAAAGUGAAAUUUCUGAGUCAUUUCACUUAACAUA